AGAACGGUGCGCGGGUAGAACCAUUCCCUUUUUUCUCUUCUUGGCGCCGGAUGAAUAACAUAUCCCGUCAGAUUCGUUGCAAGGCGCUCCUUCUUCGAUCUUUCUGUCAUCUGCUUUCAAUUUGGCUUUGAGCAUCAGCCGAAUUCAAAUUUGCAGUUGCUGCUGUAUUCUUGGCACUUUUAGAUCAGAUCUAGGGUUCGCUUUGAUCGUUAUUCCUCGAUCCCUGCCUGAAUAAACUUGGUUUGACGGUGCUGGGUCUGCGGAUCUCUGAGAGUCAAUUGGUAAUUGCAUCUGCUUCUUUCAAUUUCCGGUUUCUACGGUGGGCUAGGAAAAUGCCUGUCAAAUCGGCGCAAUCAUCGUUUAGGGAUCGGACACAGGAGUUUCAGAGUAUAGCAGAGAGGCUAAAGAAAUCAGUGUCGUUCGGAUCAGGAUCAAACGGGCCAAGCAGUAGUUCAAGAUCGGAGGAACAGCGGUCAGCGAUAGCAAUUCAGUCAGAAUUCAAUAGGAGGGCUUCCAAGAUUGGUUAUGGAAUACAUCAGACAUCACAGAAACUUGCUAAGCUGGCCAAGUUGGCAAAAAGGACGUCGGUUUUCGAUGACCCCACCAUGGAAAUCCAGGAGCUCACAGCAGUUAUUAAGCAAGAUAUCACUGCAUUGAACUCUGCCGUUGUGGAACUGCAGCUAAUCAGCAACGCUAGAAAUGACAGCGGAAAUAUUUCUAGUGACACAACUAGUCAUUCAACCACAGUGGUGGAUGACCUUAAAACCCGAUUGAUGAGUACCACAAAAGAGUUUAAAGAAGUCCUUACCAUGCGAACAGAGAACUUGAAGGUACAUGAGAAUAGAAGACAGUUGUUUUCUUCCACUGCUUCUAAGGAAGCUGCAAAUCCUUUUGUUCGUCAACGUCCCUUGGCUGCAAAGUCAGCUGCCAAUGCCCCUGCACCCCCAUGGGCCAGUGGGUCAGCAUCUACAUCUCAGUUGUUUCCAAAGAAGCAAGUGGAUGGGGAGAGUCAACCGUUGCUGGUGCAGCAGCAGCAGCAGCAACAAAUGGUUCCAUUGCAGGACACAUAUAUGCAGAGCAGAGCCGAAGCUCUUCAGAAUGUUGAGUCCACUAUUCAUGAGUUGAGCAGCAUUUUUAAUCAAUUGGCUACACUUGUCUCCCAGCAAGGGGAGAUUGCCAUCAGGAUUGAUGAGAACAUGGACGAUACGUUGGCAAAUGUAGAAGGGGCACAGGGGGCUUUGCUAAAAUAUCUGAACAGUAUAUCUUCUAAUAGGUGGCUGAUGAUCAAGAUAUUCUUUGUAUUAAUAUUUUUUCUCAUGGUUUUCCUAUUUUUUGUGGCAUAGUCAUCCUAAAGAUACAAGAGAAAAUGAAGACACAGGCGACGACCUUCUUAUUGGUGAUGAGUCUUCUGCAUUUCAUUAAUAUUUCUUCCUUGAUAUUUACAUCCAUGCCUGCAGAGUUUUAAUCCCCCCCCCCCCCCGGAUCUGUGAAAUUUGAUGCCUGUAUGUAUUGAUUUAUGUAACAAGGUUACCAAGUAGAAGAAUUGCGCAUAAUCUGUGUUCAUUUGCGAUUUUGUAAUUAUUUUAUUGAUAAAGUUUAUUGGCAA